AUUUCUUUAUGAUUAUUUUGGCUUUAGAAUUUUUAGAAUCUGAAUAUUGAGGGUGUGGUGAUGCUGAGGCAGAAUGGAAGCAUGGACUUGAAUUUGAUUCCUGGGAAGAUCAGAAAACGAGGGUGUUCCUGGUCAGCAUUGACCUUUUCCUGUGUUCCCAACAAUAACUACAAGUUCAAAAGGGCUGUUUUGGUGGGGAAGAGGGGGGGAUCAGAUACGCCCGUGCCUACGUGGAAAUUCAUGAGCUCGAGAUCACCAUUACGUGGUUGCAAAGAAAAGCAAGCUCCAGUGUCGGCGAGGAAGCUCGCGGCUACACUGUGGGAGAUGAAUGAGAAGGAAAGGUGUGUUGAAGCGAUGUUGAAGAAGGAAUACAAAGCAAAGGAAAGGUUGGCACGGUUCAUGCAUUCUGGAUCUAUGCCACCCCAUUUGUCUGAUCCAUCACAUAGUCCUCUUUCUGAGAGAAUGGAUCGAUCUGGAACAGGUUGUUGCCACAGAAGAACUCCAUCCAUUUCUAACAUGCUGAAGCCCACACACCAACAUGUUGUCCCUUUAGAUUCUCUUAGCAAUGCCAGUCUCAUGGAGAUUGAAACCAGAUCUCGAACACAGACUCCUGAUUCAUCUAUAAUCGGAGUUAAGAUACGUUUGAAGGACAUUAGCAAUGCUUUAACAACAUCCAAAGAGCUACUUAAAAUUAUAAAACGCAUUUGGGGUCAUGAAGAUCGCCCUUCCUCUAGUCUGUCUUUAAUCUCAGCUUUACAUACUGAAUUGGAGAGGGGUCGCAUGCAGGUCAAUCAGCUUAUCAAGGAACAGCACUUAGAUCAAAAUGAGAUAAGUUAUUUGAUGAAGUGUUUUGCUGAAGAAAAGGCAGCAUGGAAAAGCAAGGAGCAAGAAAUUGUUGAGGCUGCUAUUGAAUCUGUUGCAGGAGAACUUGAUGUUGAGAGGAAGCUCAGGAGACGGUUUGAGAGCUUGAACAAAAAACUUGGUAGAGAACUAGCUGAGACCAAAGCUUCACUCCUUAAGAUGGUGAAAAAACUAGAAAUUGAGAAGAGAGCAAGGGAAAUUAUUGAACAAGUAUAUGAUGAAUUAGCAAGGCAUACUGAUGAGGAUAAAUAUGAGACUGAGAAAAUAGAGAGAGAAUCCACGAAAGUUUAUGAUGAGGUACAGAAGAAAAAGGAAAUGAUGCAAUUAGCUGAUAUAUUAUGCGAGGAGAGAGCUCAAAUGAAACUUUCUGAGGCAAAAUAUCAGCUUGAAGAAAAGAAUGCAGUUGUCAAAGAGCUAAGGAAUCAACUUGAAACUUUUCUGGGAAACAAAAAGGACAGAGAAAAAGGUUGCAGCACCAAUAACUUGAAUGAUCAAGAAAUUUCCGCACAUCUAGGUAGAACUGGAUUUGUUUCCCAUAAUAACAAAGGUCAAGAAGAUGAUGGAGAAGUUGACAAUGGAGUAGAAUAUGAUGAUUCAGCUGAAAGUGAUUUGCAUCCUAUAGAGUUAAAUAUGGAAGGCUAUGACGAUAGCGACAACAACAUGGAGAGCCAUAAGUGGGCUCACCUUUCUGAUAGCAGAUUCAAUAUCAGAAAGUAUGCAAUUAAGGAUGAAAAUAAAAGGAGGAGAUCUACCUCGGGGGUAGUUUCAAGGAGAAGCACAUCUCUGCAAAGGAGUGCAUUAGAUGGAAUAGAAUGGGGAAUCCAAGUGGAGAAGGUUCAAAAUUCAAAAGAUGGAUUAGAUUGGGAAAGCCUGUGCGAAAUAGAGAAGCAAGCUCAUGGAAAAGGUUAUGGCAAUGAACCGAAAGGCUAUAAAUCAGUGAAAGGUUUGAGGGAUCAACUCUUGGCUGGUUCUAGGCUUGGAUCUUCCAUAGUUUAUGCUAGUCCAACAAGACAAUAUUCCCAGUCUUGUACAUCACAUCUCUCAAAUACCUUCCAAGAGAGACCUGCUAAAGGGCAGGGCAAUGGUAUAAAAUCAAGGUUAGUGGACCUGAGGGGUGCGGGAAAGAGUGUCAGUUAGUACAAAUGGUGAGACAGAAAUGCAUGUAUCUUUAUGCUCCAUGAUUUGCUUUUCAUGCACAAACAAUGCCAAAACCUGCUCGUCAUAUAUCUUGUAAAUGUAAAUUUAGGACAUUGAAUUGUAUCACAAGCCAGCUAGAUGACCAUAUUGAAAGUAACUUUUCUUUCUCUUAACUUUUUGUUUUGUUCAUAUAACGUGGCUGCCUAAGUUGUUGCAACUCAAUGCUCAAUUUCAUUUGGUAGUGGUGUUGGUUAGAGUCUAGAAUAUUUGUUAAA